AGCCCAGGUUUGUUCUUUUGGGUGGCUUUCUGGGCUGGGCAGGCGGCCUGUUCUUCCAUUUCUCUGUGUUUGAAUAGCUUAAAGGCGGUUAGCAGCUCUAAGCAGAUUUGAAGGCUUCUGAAGAUACUUUUAUUUUUAACCCCUCUCGCUUCCAUCUGUGAAGGAGCUGUGCCUGCAUUGCCUACGCUUCGUGCUGCUGCUUUUAAAUGAAAGUUCAGAAAUUCACUUUGCUCAGAGCAAAGCUUUGAAGUGCUGCUCUGUGGGAAUGGCAAAGCGUCUUGAAAGCUGGGUUAACCUACAUUUGUGGGCACUUACCUUCAGAAAAUGACUUGGUGGGGAAUUGCAUGGGGAGAUGUAAAGGUGAACUGUGAAACGUAGUCAAUUUAACAAGAAAAGGUUAAAUCUGUUUGUUUUGCUCCUAUUCAGGGCCUCCAGCUGGUGGUUGCAGGGUCACCCUUUUCUGUAUGCAGAAGUUCCUGCAUAAAGGCUGUUUUGUCCCACUUGUUGUCGUCUUGUUUGCAUAAGUGCUAUGAAGAGAGCAAGCCGAAGAAACAGAAGUGAUCCUCUUUAAGAUGCAGAGCUGGUGCCUGGCUGUGGCAGAGAGGAGGUGUUCGCUCUGCACGGCAUUCCUGCGAGCAGCCGCUGGCUCCUCUCUUGCUUUGCUGAGUGCUCUGGGACGGGAGAAGCAGCAUGCCACGCGGCUCCUGGCUGCAAACGCGCUGUGCUUUUGCCCUGCGGACUCCAGGAAACCUUCGUCUUUUUUGGUGAAUUGAACCCUGCCCUCUUUUUUCUUUGCUGCAUGCCCACUCACGAGUGCUGGAUUAUGUUUGUCUCCUUCUCCCUUUGCUCCAUAAUUUGGCUGAAUCGCGGCUUCAAGCUGAGGAAAAGGGGCUGCACCUAAGCACACCGGAGCACUGGGACCAGGCUCCUGAGGUGCCAGUUUGUGCAGAGACGUUCAGACUGCUGAUGGGGGAGAGCUGCCCCUGAGGUCUCUCCCCUCCCAUCCAAAGGACAUUGCCUCAGCCGUUUGGAGCCAUCUCCUCAUGGCAGAGAGAAUGGGCAGCACUGACGGCUUUCAGUACCGUGCGCUCUACCCUUACCGCAAGGAGCGCGAGGAGGACAUUGAUCUGGUGCCUGGGGACAUCCUGGUGGUGAGCAAGGGAGCCCUGCAAGCCUUGGGCUUCAAAGAUGGGGACGAGCAGAACCCCAACCAGAUCGGGUGGAUCCUGGGUGUCAACGAGCGGACCAAGCAGAAGGGUGACUUCCCCGGCACGUACGUGGAGUACGUGGGGCCCGUGAAGAUCUCCGUCCCUUCUCACCGGCCCCGAGUGCAGAGACCCCUGCCUGCAACACCAGGAGCCAGUGGCUGCCGACUGCAGGAGGCUCUUGAGCAAGGGUCUCCUCUCCCUGACCUGCAGGAGCAGUUCAGCCCUCCAGAGGUUGCGCCUCCGCUGCUGGUGAAGCUGGUGGAAGCCAUCGAGAAGAAAGGGUUAGACAGCGAGAUGUUAUACAGGACAUCUGGCUCCGAACUGAGGCAAGCUCUAAGAACCGAUUGGAGCCUGGGUGACCUGGAGCCCUUUGACGUGCACUCCCUGAGCGAAGCGCUUCGAGGCUACCUGCAGGACCUGCCCUCCCCCGUGGUGCCGGUGUCCGUGCAUGGAGACAUCCUUCGCAUCCUGCAGGAGAUCCCCCAGCCAGAGAAUUGCCGGAAGCAGCUGCUGCUGGCCUUGGAGUCGCCUGCAAUCCCACUCCAGAACACACUCACCCUACAGUUCCUGCUCCGGCAUCUGGGGAAGGUAUCGCAGCAGGCUGAGAGCAACAGCCUCCACCCUCAGGCCCUGGGAGAGAUCUUUGGCCCCCUUCUCCUCCGGCUGCCCGGCGCCAGCCCAGAGCUGAGUCCUGACUUCUCCGUGCUUUUUCUGGAGAUGCUUUUGCAGACAAAGGAGUUGGAGCCAGAACAGUUGCCUCCAGCAUUGCCUCCAAAACCACCUAAGCCAAAGCCCAGUGCAGCCAGCCUGGCCAACGGGAACAGUGUGCCCUUGCAGGACGCUGAGUGGUACUGGGGUGACAUUUCCCGGGAGGAAGUGAACGAGAAGCUGCGGGACACACCAGAUGGUACCUUCCUGGUGCGUGAUGCCUCCAGCAAGAUCCAGGGGGAGUACACGCUCACACUCAGGAAAGGAGGCAAUAACAAGCUGAUCAAAAUCUUUCACCGGGAAGGGAAGUAUGGCUUCUCAGAGCCCCUGACUUUUGGCUCAGUGGUGGAGCUCAUCACACAUUACCGGCAUGAGUCGCUCGCCCAGUACAACGCCAAGCUGGACACCAGGCUGCUCUACCCCAUCUCCAAGUACCAGCAGGACCAAGUGGUAAAAGAGGACAGCGUGGAAGCUGUAGGGGAACAGCUGAAGGUCUAUCACCAGCAAUACCAGGACAAAAGCUGGGAGUAUGAUCUGCUGUAUGAGGAGUACACCCGCACUUCCCAGGAGCUGCAGAUGAAGAGGACAGCAAUUGAAGCCUUUAAUGAAACGAUCAAGAUCUUUGAGGAGCAGUGUCAGACACAGGAGAAAUGCAGCAAGGAGUACAUCGAGCGCUUCCGGCGGGAGGGCAACGAGAAGGAGGUGCAGCGGAUCCUCAUGAACUCAGAGAAGCUCAAGUCUCGCAUCACGGAGAUCCACGACAGCAAGAUGAAGCUGGAGCAGGACCUGAAGAAACAGGCCUCGGAAAACCGGGAGAUCGACAAGCGCAUGAACAGCCUCAAGCCAGACCUCAUGCAGCUGCGCAAACUGCGGGACCAGUAUUUGGUGUGGCUGACGCAGAAGGGUGCCCGGCAGAAGAAAAUCAACGAGUGGCUGGGUAUCAAGAAUGAGACGGAGGAUCAGUACUCCAUGAUGGAUGACGAGGAGGAACUGCCCCACCACGAGGAGCGGACGUGGUACGUGGGGAAGAUCAACCGCUUGCAGGCAGAGGAGAUGCUGUGCGGCAAACGGGACGGCACCUUCCUGAUCCGUGAGAGCAGCCAGAAGGGGUGCUAUGCCUGCUCCGUGGUGGUGGAUGGUGACACCAAGCACUGCGUGAUCUACAAGACGGCGACUGGCUAUGGGUUCGCAGAGCCCUACAACCUGUACGCCUCCCUCAAGGACCUGGUCUUGCACUACAAGCACACAUCCCUGGUGCAGCACAAUGACUCCCUGAAUGUCACGCUGGCUCACCCGGUCCUUUCCCAGCCACCAGCCAGAUGAACAGACCGUGCACAACACAACAGCUGCCUUCAGCUUUUCCCCAGAGCGCUGCUUUCUGGCUCUGGACUCUUGCACCCUGUAUAGUUGAGUCUCUGUGCUCCUGCCCCUCCAGAGCAUCUGAGAUGUCUGUGACCGUUCCUGGUGUCCCUUUUGGUCAGUAGCUGAAACCCGUGUUGGCUGAUGGGACAGAAAGGCUGGAAUGUUGACUCACAGCGGCCUCCAGCCCUUACGAGGUGGGAUCUAGUUGUGAUUGAAUUGCUGUGGAUGAGCGCAGCCCCCUCCCCUUCCCCAACAAACAGCUCAGAUCCCCUUCUUGCUGGCAGGUUGCCCCGCUAUGCAUCACUGUAGAGCUAGAUCCCAAUUCCUCUGCACUGUGGUGUCAAUCCUUGCCCAGCCGAGCAGCACUGGCGCACUCUGUGCGAGGGGCUCCUUGCUGGAUCCUGGAGGAGGAGGAGGAGGAGGAGGAGCCUCCGCUGAGCGUGUGCGUCCUCCACUCUCACUUCCCUCGGUGACUUUGCAGGCGGGGGUGGGAGCUGCUGUCUGGUACGAGGGGUGCUGCUCUUCCAUGCAGAGACUCAUUUCAAAAAGAAGACGGUGUCCCCCGCGGGGCAGUGGGUGUGCUGGGAGGGGGGCUUCUUGGCCGAGGUCCCCACUCCGUCCUGUGCCCCACCUCGCUGUCUUGUCCCCUGGUGUCGUAGCCACCUCUUAGUGUUGCUGUCUGGGGAGGGAGGAUGUGGUUCGUGAUGAAUCUCUCACCUUAGUUGUGCCAACUAAGCUGUGAAAUCCGUGUUGGUACCCGUGUUUUUCCCGGCAGAAUCCGUGGGACGCACAGCUCUUUGUUUCUGGUUGUCUUUGGUGAAUCUCUGCGAGUGUAACCCGUUGAAGCUAACUGUAGCUCUGUAAAUAUGGUUCUGUUUGUAA